AUGGUCACUGAUCGUCAGUCAUCACCCAUUAUGGCCACCAUCACUGAAUCAUUACAUGUAAUGGCCAACAGCUCCGAGUCAGAAUUUCAGAUGGCUACCCUUCUAGAGUCUGAUUGGAGGUCUCAUCCAGUCCCUGUAGUUUAUCCAAAGCCCUGUCCAGUUCCUAUACUCAGUCCAGUUCUCACCCCAGUUCUCGUGUAUGGUCCUGAACCUCCUCCAGUCCCUGUGGUCGCUCCAAAGCCCUGUCCAGUUCCUGUGUCAGUUAUAGAACCCAGUCCUACACCAUCAAAUUUGGCCAACCCCUAUCAUCCCAGUUCACCUUCCGGUCAAACAUAUCCUUUAUACCAGCUUGGUAACCCACAGCUGAGAAUAUUCCGGCCCACCUUCAACCUGACCCUGGUCAGACCCGGCAAAGAACAGCCACCUGAUACAGUACAGUAUCGCAUUCCUAUGGAAAUGACCAAGUUUGAUGUCAGAAAUUAUCUAGAGAAGAUCUACAGCGUUCCUGUUGCAGCUGUACGCACAAGGAUCCAGUACUGUACAAACAAGAAACGAAACCACUCAAACCAGCGAGUGAAGAGGCCAGAUUACAAAGUGGCAUACGUUCAACUGGCUCAGCAGCAAACCUUCCAGUUCCCAGAUAUCUUUCCUGAGAAGGAUAAGAAGUACGAGGCGGGCUCUGUUGAGGAGAUGCAGGAGAAGUUCAUGGAGGAUGAGCAUCAGAGGCAGAAAUCAGAUCCCAGAAGAGGAGGAGUUACUGAAUGGUUUGGCCUCUAGACAGAAAAGUGUUGAAUGAAGAAUGACUUCAGAGAGACAACCGCUGAAUGAAGAAUGUGGUGUAUUGUAGAUUAUGUAUUUGCACAGGAAGAGCCAUUUACAGUGAUCUGACCAGCAUCCAUAGAGGGCCAUUUGCAGUGAUCUGAUCUGACACGAUGGAAAGACCAAUUGCCUGAGAGAAGGCUUGGAAAUCCUUUACUCUAUUAGAAUCAUGUGCUCUGUCAAAGAACGCUGAUGUCUACAUAGCAUAAGAUCAAUCCUGACCAUCUGCCAUGUCAUGAAAGUCUUUCAGGUUAUGUUCUCCUCCCACAGGUCUCAGAAACUUGCUCAAGCAAAUGUCUUCCUUGCGAAGUCCUUGAGCAUACAUGUUUCCUUUUCUUUAAAGUUCCUCCAAAUUUUUUUUCUUUUGCCCUCGCUGAUCUUCAAGUUCAUGAACUACUUGCGGUAAAAUGGUCAAUCUAAUAAAGCGACUCUCCAGUUCUUCGUGCAAAAUCAUACUCUUAAUGUUGUUCCUGAAAGCUCUUUUAAAAAAAGAACUGCAUACUUCAUUUCCAAUAAAACAGUACAGCAUG